GCCACUGCAAUCGACGCUCGAAAAAAGGGUCUUUACCACAGCCAUUGCUCGAUAUAUUUGUCUGGCAACAACCUGGGCUGACAACUCUUGCAGUGCAGCAUAACGCGCAUUGCUGUGCUGCACCGCUGCACUCGCUGCACUGCGCUGCAGUGCAGCACUGUAAGCGAUGGAAGAACUCGCCGUCAGCGUCGACCUCUUCCUAGACAAACCACGCGAAGUAGAAAACCAAAAAUUGAUUUGUGCCGCCUGCGCCGCGGAUAAAACACAAUGCAUCUGCCCCGACGACCGCCGCGACCGCAAGGCCACGAAGAGGAGGACGCGGCUCCUGCAUAUGAGAGGCGUGACGUUAGGUGUCUGCGCGCACUGGAUGCCGCGCAAGGACCGGCCCUGCGGCUUCCCGCCGCCGCCGGGCCGUAAAUGGUGUAGGGAGCACGACCCCGAGCUUUUUGGUAGAGACGAAAGGAUGCCUUGUCCGAUUGAUCCGUCCCACAAAAUUUUUAAGAGGGAUCUGGAGGCGCAUCUGAAGGUCUGCGAGACGCGUAAAGAUAGGGAGCGGAUUUUGGGGAGGCCCUGGUAUUCUGAGGGCUGCAACGCCGGUGGUUCUGGUGAGCUCGGAAAUGACAAAGAGAUGGGCGAGAAGGAGCUGCUGGAUAAACUCAGGCUGGCCGCGUCUGAUAAAGUUGGCGAGGGCGCGACGGGCGUCAAGUCGAAACGCGCUAGACAUAAAACGCAAGCUUCGUUGAUCGUCGACACGGCUCUAAGGAUGGCGCCCUCUCUGUUCAAGGGAGACGACGUGGCCGUCGUCGAUUUAGGAGCGGGCAAGGGCGGCCUCGCUGAUGCUGUUGUCGCCCACAGGCAGCCACAAGCUGUCGUCUUCGUGGAACGCGAGUCCCGAAGGCACAAGGCCGACGGCAAAUUAAGGAGACUGGAGGACUUGGAGGUAGAAAGGGUGAGAGGCGACCUCGCGGACGUGGAUUUAGCCAGAGUAGGCACGCUGCGGGGCCGCGUCUGCGUCGGCGUCGCCAAGCAUCUCUGUGGAAGCGCGACCGAUUUGGCUCUGAAUGCGUUCGUUGCUUUAAGCGAGGCGCGCGGCGUCGCCGUGGCGACGUGCUGCCACCACCGCUGCGAGUGGAGCUCGUACGUGGGCCGCGACUACUUCCGCGCGAAGACAGGAGGCUCCGCGGCCGAUUUCGCGCGGAUCGCGCGGUGGUCGUCGUGGGCCUGCCAGGUCGCGAACGGCACGACGGGAGAGCACGCGGCGCCGGUCUGCGCCGACGACCUGCGCGACUAUACAUCAGAACAGAAGCGCGAGAUCGGCCGGCGCUGCAAGGCUUUGUUGGAUGCGGGGCGCCUCGACUUUUUGCGGCGCCACGGCCUCGCGGGGGCGCGGUCGGCGUACUGCGACGUCGAGCUGUCGCCGGAGAACUGGCUCCUCGUGGCCGAGCGCCGGUGUGUUCCAUGCGCCGACGCCGCGCCUCAGGUGGUGCGCAAGUCGCCGUGCAGCCCAGUGUUGCCCCGGACGCUGGAGGAGGGGGUCUGUGGUUGUGUGGUCAUCUAAAAAUAUUU